CCUAGGAGGUCGGCUCCCACGCUUUCUGGGCAGAGGGACUUGGAACUGAGGAUGUGCAGGACAGGAGACUGAGGAGUGGGAGACCCUGGUCACAAACUGGAUUUUGUGAGGUCUCAAUAGGGGGAUAUGAUAGACAAGUGUUAAUGAGGGCAUAGUAUGUGCUGACAUUGCUGCUGGAUGCUUGGGCCGCAAAGCUCCACUGGGACCAUGUCGGAGAGAGAAGAGCGGAGGUUUGUGGAGAUCCCUCGGGAGUCAGUUCGACUCAUGGCAGAGAGCACAGGGCUGGAGCUGAGUGAUGAGGUUGCAGCUCUGCUUGCUGAAGAUGUGUGCUACCGUCUCAGAGAGGCCACACAGAAUAGCUCUCAGUUCAUGAAGCACACCAAACGAAGGAAGCUGACGGUAGAGGAUUUCAACAGGGCUCUCAGGUGGAGCAGUGUGGAGGCUGUGUGUGGCUAUGGGUCCCAGGAGGCCCUGCCCUUGCGCCCCACAAGAGAGGGUGAGCUCUACUUUCCAGAGGAUCGAGAAGUGAACCUCGUGGAGCUGGCAUUGGCCACCAACAUCCCCAAGGGCUGUGCAGAGACAGCAGUCAGAGUCCAUGUCUCCUAUCUGGAUGGCAAAGGAAACCUGGCACCUCAGGGAUCAGUGCCCAGCGCAGUGUCUUCACUGACAGAUGACCUUCUCAAGUACUACCAGCAAGUCACGCGGGCUGUACUGGGGGACGAUCCACAGCUGAUGAAGGUCGCCCUCCAGGACCUGCAGACAAACUCCAAGAUUGCUGCACUCCUGCCUUACUUUGUUUAUGUGGUCAGUGGGGUCAAAUCUGUAAGCCAUGACCUGGAGCAGCUACACCGACUACUGCAGGUGGCACGGAGCUUGAUACGGAACCCACACCUCUGCUUGGGGCCCUAUGUCCGCUCCCUGGUGGGGAGUGUGCUCUAUUGCGUCUUGGAGCCCCUGGCCGCCUCCAUCAACCCUUUGAAUGACCACUGGACUCUUCGGGAUGGGGCUGCACUUCUUCUCAGCCACAUCUUCUGGACUCAUGGUGACCUUGUAAGUGGCCUCUAUCAGCAGAUUCUGCUAUCCCUGCAGAAGGUCCUGACAGACCCUGUUCGGCCUCUCUGUUCUCACUAUGGGGCUGUGGUAGGGCUGCAUGCUCUGGGCUGGAAGGCUGUAGAACGAGUUCUCUACCCACAUCUACCCACUUACUGGACAAACUUGCAGGCCGUGCUGGAUGACUAUUCGGUAUCUAAUGCCCAGGUUAAAGCAGAUGGGCACAAAGUCUAUGGAGCUAUUCUGGUGGCCGUUGAGCGACUACUGAAGAUGAAAGCCCAGGCAGCAGAGCCCAAUCGCAGUGGCCUUGGCGGGAGAGGGUACCAUCGUGCUGAGGACUUGCCUUGGGACAGCCUUCUCCUAGAGUCUUCCCCGGGAGGCGGUGCCGAACCAGGCUUUGGGUCUGGUCUUCCCCUGCCGCCAGGAGGCGCCCGGCUAGAGGACCCUUCUUCCUUGACCCUGGCAGAAAUCUACCGGGAGUUGUACGCUUUCUUUGGUGACAGCUUGGCCACACGCUUCGGCACUGGCCAGCCCGCGCCCACGGUCCCGCGCCCACCCGGAGACAAGAAGGAGCCAGUGGCCGCCCCAGACUCGGUGCGGAAAAUGCCGCAGCUGACCGCUAGCGCCGUGGUCAGCCCGCAGGGAGACGAGAGCCCGCUCGGCGGGGGCCCCGCGACCGCCUCCGCCGCCUCGGAGAGCAGGCCGCUGCCGCGCGUGCACCGGGCGCGGGGCGCUCCUCGUCAGCAGGGUCCUGGCACCGGGACGCGCGACGUCUUCCAGAAGAGCCGCUUUGCGCCCCGCGGUGCCCCCCACUUCCGUUUUAUCAUCGCUGGGCGUCAGGCCGGUCGGCGCUGCCGCGGGCGUCUCUUUCAGACUGCUUUCCCCGCGCCCUACGGGCCCAGCCCGGCGUCCCGCUACGUGCAGAAGUUGCCCAUGAUCGGCCGCACCGGCCGCCCGGCCCGCCGCUGGGCGCUCUCGGACUAUUCGCUGUACCUGCCCCUGUAAAGCUGCCGCCCCUUCAAGAAUAAAUUCUCCCCAGGAAGUGACGUGUCCGGGCUC